AUGGUUAGUGCUCGAAACAAUUAUGCCGAGAUUAAGGAGCUAUCAAGCAGUAAUAAGCAUUCUUGGUUUGGAGGCAAAUUCAAAAACCUUGUUGUCUUUGGAGACAGUUACACAGAUGAAUCGAGGUUGGAUUAUUUCACAGCCCAUAAUAAUACGCCUCCACCGGUGGGCUUACUGCUUCCUGAGUCCCUCGAUGCUUCUGAUGGCGGACGCGUUUGGCCUAGGUAUGUCAGCCAAUACUCAGGCGCAAAGCUUUACAAUUACGCCAUCGCUAGCGGGAUAUGCACAACAAGCAUCAUGCCACAGGCCAGAGCAACUCUCAAGGACCUUUCUGCAGCUAUUUUAGAAACGGAGAUGCCUGCUUGGCUCGCUGAGUUGCAUUUAACGAGUGCCGUCUCACCACAUCAAAAGUUUUACACCGGCUCAGCCGAUGACACUCUAUAUGCCAUGUGGAUUGGCGUCAACGACAUUGGCAAGAAGAACAUAUUCAUUGAUAGCCAGACUACUGGAACUUCGCUCACAACUUUUACUGAUUGUGUGUUCACCGCUUUUGAUCGCAUCUAUAAAAAUGGUGGGCGGAAGUUUGUGUUGAUGAAUGUUCCCCCACUUGAGCUGCAUCCGAUCUACGCGACGCCUGAAAAAAAAGGAGUUCCCCCAGGCACACCGGAUUGGCCAAAUAAGCCGUCUAACCUAACCGAGGUUUCUUUUAAGAUGUAUGAAUAUACGAGUGCAGUGAAUGAGAUCUCCAAGUUCCAAGUCCCGUUCCAGCAACACGUUGCCAAGAGGUAUCCUGGUGCUAAGUGGGCAAUCUAUGAUGUAAACUCUUUAUUUAAAGAUAUCCAUCGGAACCCGCAAAAGUAUCUAAACGGCACAACACCUCUGGAUGUACUCGACUUUAUACACCAUUGCGAGGCGGGCGCGGCAAAUUGUACGGAUUUACCGGGCGAUAGAGAUUCGUUCAUGUUCUAUGACUCGCUUCAUCCUUCUGAACAAGUCCACCGUGUAGUAGCUCAGAAUUUUAUGGACGUGAUCAAUGGCGGGAGUAAAUUCGCGACUUAUUGGUAG